GUGGCGAUGAGUGAAGAGAUCCUCAUUGUCGGUGGACCUAUCGUCGCCCCGCGUCGGUGGUGUUCCUGAGGAAGCGUGCAGGCCGUUCUUCGGGAGUGGUUCCUGGGGCAACCUGCGAAUAUUUGAACAUGGCCAUGCUUCGGUCGGUGUUGACGUGGUCGCUCGAGGCCGGUAGCGGGGAUGAAGAUCCCGGCGACACCUUGAAGGCACGAAAUUUCAUGAGUUGGGUUCGCUCUGUUUCGGGGUUGGACGCACAUCGAGGAGAAGGUUCGGCGCAGAUUGUCCAGCGGGUGAAAGACGGAUUCGAUAGGGUCCUUCCCGCAGCAGUUGUAGCACUUCAUCAAUCCGCUUGUCCCGCCCGGUAUUGGGGGAGAACGCCAGGCGUUUGCAGUUCCGAGUUACUGACGCAGCUAUCAGGUGUUCGUACGAUAUGUCUGCCUCGGGACGCACGACCGCCGAAGCGUCUGCCGCAAGUCACCCCCAUAACGAUCCCCGUCCUGCCCAGGCACAAUCACCGGGGCGUAGACAUAGUUGGCAAACAUGUUCUUCUUGAGCGUCGGCGGGUCGGAGUCGCCACGGCAAUGGGCAGGGCCUUCCUGGCUGCUCCCAUGCCUAGUACGCAAUACUCUCCGCCGACUUCUGUAGCCGGUGGGGCAGCUGCUGAUGCUAUGGGGCAGCUUCGUUGGGAGCUGGCGUCGGCUGGAGAAACGGAUGGGCCCUUGCACGAAUCUAAAUGCUUCACGUCAGGCUGGCCAUCUUGUCAAAGCGUCGCGGACUUACUGUGCCAAAGCUGUGAUCCCACCGGCGGGAGCUACGUCAUGUAACUUAUAUCGGUGCGUCCAAUGCCCACUGUAUCCUCUGCACUGACUUUGCCCUAGGUCCCGCACGCUGUCGCAUGGGCCAGACCCUGUAGGUAGCCCGCCAGGCAUCCGCGCUUCUCCAUAUACGCCACCCCCCUUGUCUGCGGUUUCUCAGCGUCUUCUUGCAAGCCUGGUGUAUGGUGUCCCAGGAGGCUGUAC